AACAGAGAACACACCAGAAAAAAAGUUUCAUUUAUAAGAGAGGCGCGGGGACGCCACGCUCCCGCAUUGUCUCCACUCGCUCGCUCCGUCCGUCGGGAAACCACCACCAGCCAGCAGCAGCGCCGGCGAGAGGGGCAGAAGAGUAGAGGGCCGGAGGCGAUGGGGCUGGGCGUGAGGGCGGCGCCGUUCACGUACGUGGCGCACGCGCUGGCCGUGGCGGCCGCCGCCAUGGUGCUGUACUGGUGCAUCCACUUCCGCGGCGGCCUCGCCUUCGAAGCCGACAACAAGAACCUCAUCUUCAACGUUCAUCCUGUUCUUAUGUUGAUUGGCUUUAUUAUUCUUGGCAGUGAAGCUAUAAUGGUAUACAAGGUACUUCCUACGGUGAACCAUGAUACAACUAAGUUGAUCCAUCUAGUACUCCAUGCUAUUGCGCUUGUGCUCGGUGCGGUCGGGAUAUACUGUGCUUUCAAGAAUCACAAUGAAACUGGAAUUGCGAACUUGUACAGUCUGCAUUCUUGGCUUGGAAUAGGAACAAUUUCUCUAUAUGGUAUUCAGUGGAUAUUUGGAUUCUUGACCUUCUUCUUCCCCAAGGCUGCGCCAAAUGUGAGGAAGGGUGCUCUUCCUUGGCACGUACUUCUUGGAAUCUUCGUUUACAUUUUAGCCCUGGCAACGGCAGAACUUGGGUUUCUGGAGAAGCUCACCUUCCUCCAAAGCUCAGGCAUCGACAAAUAUGGACCAGAGUCAUUUCUGGUGAACUUCACGGCGUUGGUUGUUGUGCUAUUUGGUGCCUCAGUUGUUGUAGCUGCUGUUGCCCCAGCUCGCCUUGAAGAACCACAGGGUUACGCUCCAAUCCCAGAAAACUAGUAUGUGUGAAGUGUACUGCAUAAACAGAAAUUCACAAAGUUAGCUGUCACCAUAGUGCUGCGAUAACAGUAUCUCUCCGAUUGAAAAUGAAUGAUCUGAUAACAAAAUGUCAUGCAUCUUCCUUGUGUAUAUGUAAAUACAUACAAGCACAUAUUGUUCUUCGAUGUAUCAUGUAUAAUUGAAACAUCUAUGUAAGCAGCUAUUUUAUAAAUUACGUAUUUGUCUUGA